GCUCGAGUAGACGAGAGUGAAUCUGAUGCCCUCUGCUGCUUCCACGCUAGGACGGGCCAUGGGUGUUGGUGAGGUUGUACAGAGCACAGUCGAAGCAUCGGGCGGUCGCAACCGAGAGAAUCGCCAACAGAUACAGAGAAUCGCGUGAGCCGUGCGGAAGUAACUGCGGAAAAAUCGAGGCGAAAAUCUCACUUUUUUUGUUAUUAUUAUAUCAUCAUCACAAAUCAAACAACGUAAUAUAGCAGCGAACCGAAAAUACUGUGUGCGGCUGCAAGUGGUUUGAUCGGAAGUGUGAAGAUUUGUGGGGUUUGCCGUGCGGGAAGCAAUCGGAAUUGCAUGCAAGCUUCGACGUAUCGGCGGCGAUGACGGCCUAAAUCGUGAGACUAUGGCGUACUUCAGCGGCGGGCAUAUUAGCGCGAUAAGUAGAUGCAAUCAGACGCGAAAAUAUUGCCUGCACAUAGAGGAGAGAUAAUCUUCGAAGCAGUUCCACUGCGGUGGCUAAAGCCGGAGCAGGAAAAUAUCGAGUUAAAAUGGCCGUCAAGCGAACUACGGCCCGAGAGUAGAUGUAUAAAUUUGGAGAAAAGGUCGUGUGAGCAGUGACACAGCUCGUAAAGAGAUGCGUAGAUUUCGGAAGCACACUGACACGCGCGGAAAGAGCAAAAACAUAAAAAAAUGGGACGAAGCAGCAAAAAGUAAUCGAUAAUCGAUAGAGGAAAACGUCGUGGCCGAAAAAAUAUAGAUACAACACCGUGAGAGUGCUGAAAUACGCAAUUAGAAAUACAUUACUCGCAAUACUACUCGAACCAUUUGGAACUCUCCGAAGAGGGGUUCGUUGACGUUUACGUCACGUUGUAGCAAAACAAAAAUAACGAAACGCUAUCAAAUGUUUACAAUCAGCAUCAAUCGUAUCUCAGGCGAUCCAAAAGCAUCGAACCGUCGUCGAUGUAACACUGGUGCGAAUAUCUGCACGUUUUCAAAGAUGUUUAGUGCUAACAAUACGUAGAGGUGAUUGCGUCGCGCUCCGUUGACAUCACCGACCCUUAUCAGUAAAGUUUUGUCUACUAUCACAACGGGGUUAUUUCGUGGUCAAACGUACAUACAAGUAUAUAAAUAUUAGUACAUUAGUACACACACCCAGCGCCAGCUGGAUUAGGCAAGUGAACAACAGGAUUUACCGUCUGCACCACUAUAAUCGAAAAUCGAUCGAGAAGCGGAACAAUAAUUGGUGGUCUCCGAUGGGGAAUUGCGACCCGCAUUCGGUACUUUUUAUCCACGAGAACGUCAUAGUCUCAUUAUAAAACACAGGUAGUUUAAUCGCAUCGAUUGCUUUUACAUUGUGUAGCUGAACGAGUCGAAAGAAGAAAUGCGUUCCGAAGAAACAAAACAUGCUAAAUCGAAUUAAUUCAUAUUUGAAGCGCCGACAGCCCGAGAAGGAAACUAGCGGAAUAGUGUGUUUAGAACUGUGAUAUUAUGUAAAGUUACACGAAAAAAACCAGAGAAAGGAACAUCAUAAAAAUCCGGUUCGUACGGCUGCUACUGGUCGACGCAAAAUAAAAAUUUGUGGGUUAGGUGAAGAAAACGGUGCGGUGUGAACAGUUCGGAGUGGGCUCGUGCAAGGACUCCUCGCGAUAGAAACGCCGCGAACACACAUACGUCACCUUGCUUUCGUCCUGGGGGCCGUUGAACCACAUUAGCCCUGCGUAACGCCACACAUCGCGUGCUGGAUGUAGGAGAAUUACACGACGGCGACGACGGUAGCGACAUAUAAAGUAACCGCGCUAGGAAAGAGGCGACGUGAAUGACGAUGGACUUCACACCACUACCAUCGGAGCUGGAGGAGCUGAUCCUGUGCAGCUGCUGCCAUCUGCCGUUCAACGACACGGACGCAAUACCGAAGCUGUUCUCCUGCCGGCACUACUUCUGUCUGAAGUGCGUGAGCCAGGUGCUGAUGAAGGGGAAUGAACUGUACUGUGUGCACUGCUGGAAGCGAACCGAGCUUAGCGGUCCGGACAUGAAACCGGAGAAUCUCCCGACGCAUAACGCAAUCUUGUAUCUGUCGCAAAAUUUGAGUAUGAUCUCGAGUGGUAGUGCUAGUGGCAGUGGUGCUUCCGGCACCGGAACAGUUGCGAACAGUGCCGCGAGUGGCAAUGGUGGGGGCAAUAAGAAGCCCCCCGACAAAAGUGGCACAACGACGGUGGCCACAGUUGGGAACCCGAGUGGUACUGCUGGUACGGGUAUGGGGGGCGGUGGUGGGGGUGGAACCGGUGCCGGAAGUACAACAAAUGGAAGUGCAAACGGGAAUGGUAGUAUUGGAAUAGGUAAUAAUAGUGCAAAUACGGGUGGCGCAAUCGGUUCGGGAAAGUAUAGAAAUAAGGGCGAAAACUGUAUGACACACGCGAUGCCGAACGCGCUGUGGUGUCUCAAGUGUAACAUUAUCCUGUGUCGAGCUUGUGCGAGCACCGAGGAGCAUCGAAAUCACACUGUGAAGACGCAAGCCGAAGCGCGCGAUCAGAUCCGGUCGGAUAUCGCAUCGGAUUUGCUGCUGAUGCAGAAGUCCCUGUCGGAGCUGCAGCAUUUCGUGUUCAAGCAACGCGAUUUCUUGCUCAAAAUCCUAGAAGCUUGUACAGCGCUGAAAACUCAGGUCGAAACGGAACUGAUAAAUCAUCUGCCCACGUUCGAAGUGGCAGAGAUUCGAAGUAAUUUAACGAAAGCGAAACUAUUCCUUAGCAUGCUCGAACAGCAAUCGCCCGCGGAAGCGUACAAACUGUACGCCAAUUUGAAUAUCGAAAAGCAGCGCUUACAGUCGAAGUACCAGGAGAUGUACCUGCAGUGUAAGCUUGACGAUUUAAUACAACACUACGGAAUAUUGUUUGACUUCGAACUGAUCAAACAGGCUCUCUCUAACUUAAACACAAUCGAUCCGAUCUCGUUCGGAAACGGAGCUAUCGGUGGGCUGGGCGUAACGGCCAGCAGCAACACCAUCAACGGACACCACAACUCGAUACUGUUACUUGCCAAUUAUUGUAUUUCGCAGCUUUACUCACGACACAUUCUAACCACCAAGCAUCAUCAGCACCAGCAUCAACAGCAACAAUCACAGCAUAUCGACGCUAGCCUUAGUUAUGCAGUAUCUUCGCCGUCACAAACCGCGGCAGGAGCCGUUUCACAUUCACCGAUACACGCGGGGAUAUUGGCCGGGCCACCGGGUAUGCCGCAGCCAUCGCACACGGCGGCCAGUUAUGCGAGUCAGCUGAACGAUAUGGCAAUCAUUAUUGCGCCCCAACUGCAGCAUCAGCAAGGUGCUCCGGGAAGUCGAGCCGGCGCGGAUGGCACCAGUUCUGCCCGCACGUCUGGUUCCGGAUCGGCUUAUCUCAGCGAGAUCCUCAACGGUAGCACCAUGCAGCACUUGCAUCAACAUUCCGGCUCUUCCCAGCACCAACCGCUGACUCCCCCGGGACAUCCGCUGUCCUCAUCCUCUUCCAGCGUUGUUUCGCUAGUUCCAACGUCCGCUCAGCAGCAGGUCCAGAAGCAGGUGCAAGCGGCUGUGGGCGGUACCACUCUGAUGUGUAAUCCUUCCUUGCACGUCUAUCCGAUCUACUUCUUCAACAUUGAAAUCAAUGGUCAACCGUUCGGGCGGAUUUUGAUCGAGGUGCGAAGCGAUGUCGCCCCGAAGAUGGCUAAAAACUUUGGGGCGCUUUGCAGCGGUGAUCUCGGCUUUGGCUACAAGGGCUGCAGCAUCUUCCAGUGUUGGGAAAACGAGAGCAUAAUCACGGGUGACUUCGAGCUGAACAAUGGCCGCGGGGGUCGAUCGGUGUUCGAGGAAGGAUUCUUCAUGCCGGACGACACCAAGAUACUGGCCAUCCGGGGAUCGGUAGGGAUGCGGCGUAGCCAAAAGCGUCACGACAACAUGGGCCUGGUGGGCUCGCAGUUCCGCAUCAUCCUCCGGGAGAUGCGGGGUUUCACCGGAAUCUUCGCGUUCGUGGUCGAGGGCUUGGACUUGGUGGAAAAGAUCAGUCAGGCGGGAGACUCGGCCGGGAAGCCCCAGAGCAGCGUAAUGAUCGUGAACUGUGGCAAGUGGCAGUGAGGAUGAGCGGCGAGCUUCGUGUGCUGGGACUUUGUUUGACCCAUUUUUUUUUCGUUUUGUUUAAAUCGUGUUAUAUAUUAUGUUGGAGUAAUACGUAGUUAGACAGGCUGUUGCUAGUUUCUAUUUUAUACACUUCUUUCGGUAUUAGGAGCAUUAGUUUUAGCGCGUUAUUUUUGAGUACUAUCGUAGACGAAUAGCGGAUAGGGGUGGCAAGCUACGUCACAGCGGGUGUGAACGAAUUGCUAUAUAUGUUCCUAGCGAAAAAGUGUGAAAAUAAAUUAGCUAUAUAUGUUCCUAGCGAAAGAUAUGGUUCUUAGAGAAGGAAAUUAUUCGAUUGUUAUGCCGCGGGAAACGCGCAAUGAGUUCACGCCUUGGUUAAAAACCAUUGCCCCCUUCUACAGAAUGCAUUUCUCGCACCAUACAUUAAACAAACAAAAAUCGUAGCUGUUGAAGCUUUAAGCAAAUCUAUAUUAGCGAGUAAGAUAUUUCAUGGGAUUGGAACAAAAGUGAACCGCUACCGCAAAAUAUAUGUUCAGAAAAUAAACAUUGAAAGGUUACAUGGAGCGAACGCUAUUAAAACAAGUUUGUCUAAUCAAAACAACAAUUUCACGUUCGACCUUUAUGCAAUUAAAAAUUGCCCCCCGAAGGAAGAAGGAUGCGUCGAAUCACGAGUCAAGUAAAUCGAGAUCAGAACACGAAAAUUAGGGACGCAUAUCUUUUAAAUGAAAGAUCAAACAUUACAGGGUGAUACCAAGUUUUCUUUAUCCUAGUUGCAAGAUUUCGUACGCAGGGUAGAAAUGGAGAAGCUGUUGAAAUAAAUGUAACCAAAAAAAAAGGAAGGAAGAAUUUAUAUCGAUAACGAGUAACUGACACUAAUUAACUUAUUCCACCGAUGAAACAAACAAGAAUGAUUUCGUUGUUUUUAAACUGUCGAGCGUCGAUGUGAUUUUAGGACAAACACGCGAAAUGUUUUGGCAGGGAUGAAACCGACGCCAAUUCCUGGCUCCGGUAAGCUCGAAAGGUAUAUUUUAAGGAGAAAUAUACUAUCCACAGACAUUGGUUCGAAACCGAAGUUGAACCGAAACGGGGGAAAUAAUGUGUGUAGAAAGAAAAGAAAGUACAAUAAAAAAAUAUGAAAAAAUUGUUAUCUAUGCGGUAUGGUGUGGCAAAAUACGGGAUACAUAUAGCGAAUAGUUUAAGUCUAUUUAAAGUGAGUGUAAACAAUCUAUUUUGCUGGCACCGGUAGGGGUCACACAGUGCAAAACAAGCAAAGUAAAAAUAUAUAACGAUGUUUUAGUGUUGCUAAUACCUUUUAUAUGGGAAAUCGCAAGCAAAAUACUAUAGAAGUGACUAAAUGAAUAAUUCUCUUUAAACGCGCGUUCGGACAUCACGCAUAUAAACGGAAAAAAACAGAUACACAAACACAUACAAACAUACAUUCGAUUAUAAUUGCAAGAAAAUCGAGCAAAGUCACAUUAAACUGUCCCUUAAACGACCACACAUACGCAAACAACCUAACAUAUAACCAUAGAGGGGGAGACGAGAAGAUAAACCGAGAUAUAUCGUUAGGAAUAGUAGUUUAUGAAUGCGAAAGAUGAGACUGAAUGUUUUCGAAAACGAUAAAAAACGAUACUAAGAGUAACGUAAAUAAUCAAUCAGCAAAGCAACAAAAACAAUAGCAAAAUUUUAGCAACGGAAGCGAUUAGAUCGUAAUCGUGCGCAAGAGACAACUUCAGACUUUAGUCACACGGGUUCACCGAACAUACCAUACUCACACACACACACACACACACACACACACACACACACACACACACACACACACACACACACACACA